AUGAGGAUUCAUUGUUCCAUUAUUGUUUUGUUUCUUGUCAUCCUUAAUGUCCUCGCUGCAGAUGAUCAUCAGAGAAAGGUUUAUGUGGUAUAUCUUGGGGAGCACAGUGGGGGGAAAUCUUUCCAAGAAAUUGAAGAUUUCCAUUGCUCAUUUAUCCUCUCGGUAAAGGGUGGUUCCAGAGAAGAAGCUAGAGCAUCUCUAGUUCACAGUUACAAGAACGUCAUCAAUGGCUUCUCCGCUUUACUUACCCCAGACCAAGCCAACAAGAUAUCGGAAAUGGAAGGUGUUAUUUCAGUAUUUCAUAGUGAUCCCAGAAGAAUAGAGCCUCAUACUACUAGAUCUUGGGAUUUUGUCAACUUACUUGAAGCUGUAAAUGGUAAUCCAACUGGUCGAGAGGAAUUGUUGAGUAAAGCAAAAGGUGGAAAGGGUGUAAUUGUUGGUAUGAUGGACACUGGUGUAUGGCCAGAGUCUCCAAGUUUCAGUGACAAAGGUAUGGAACCAGUUCCUCGUUCAUGGAAGGGAAUAUGCCAAAAAGGUUCUGCCUUUAACUCUUCUCAUUGCAAUAGGAAACUAAUUGGAGCAAGAUACUAUCUAAAGAGCUACGAAGCCACCUUCGGGCGUCUCAACCGGACAUCAGACUUCCGAUCGGCGAGAGACGCCGACGGCCACGGAACUCACACGGCUUCAACCGUGGGCGGCCGGAGAGUCCGUAACGCCGCCGCCCUCGGUGGUUUCGGCAACGGGACGGCCUCCGGCGGCGCGCCGCUCGUGCGCCUCGCAAUCUAUAAGGUGUGCUGGCCAAUUCCCAGCGACCAAAGCAGACGGACGUGCCUGGACGCCGACAUUCUUGCGGCGUUCGACCACGCGAUCUCCGACGGCGUCGAUGUUAUCAGCGUCUCCCUGGGCGCCGUAGCCGGAGGGCAGUAUUUCACGCGAAGUGGUAUAGCCAUCGGAGCGUUGCACGCGGUGAAGCGCAACAUUGUGGUGGCGUGCAGCGCCGGAAAUGCCGGACCGACGCCGUCGACGGUGGGUAAUGUGGCGCCUUGGAUCAUCACGGUGGGGGCAAGCAGUAGCGAUCGAGUGUUUUCGUCACCUUUAAAGCUAGGAAACGGCAUGAUUAUUGAGGGACAAACAAUCACUCCCAUUAGGAGAGGAAAAUUGCUUCCACUAGUCUACGCUGGCAAUGUAGAAAUUCCGGGAACUACCAAUAACAUUACAACAGGACUGUGUAAUAAUGGUACCCUUUCAAGAAGGCUUGUAAGGGGAAAAAUUGUGGUUUGCCUGAAGAGUAAUGGCAUAUCAGCAUCGGUGGAAGUGCAAAGAGCUGGAGGCGCUGCUACCAUUGUAGGCAAGCCGUAUAAUGAAAUAGCAGUUGAUGCUUUUCUGCAUCCUACCACUGUUGUUUUUAGGUACGAGUUAAUUUCAAUUCUCAAAUACAUAAAUGGCGAUAGCAAUCCCACGGCAACUCUUCUUCCUGGAGAGACGGUUCUCGGAACCAAGCCCGCCCCUGUCAUGGCUCCUUUCACCUCCGUAGGUCCAAGCAUCAUUGAACCAAACAUUCUCAAGCCGGACAUUACUGCUCCUGGACUUAACAUAUUGGCAGCAUGGAGUGAGGUGUCAUCUCCGACAGAAUUAUCAUUUGAUCGUCGAGUGGUAAAGUACAACAUAAUAUCCGGAACUUCAAUGUCUUGCCCACACGUUUCUGCUGUAGCUGCCCUUAUUAAGGCCAUUCAUCCUGAUUGGAGCAGUGCAGCCAUAAGAUCAGCCCUAAUGACCACAGCAACUACUAAUAAUGUGGUGGGGGCACCAAUAGUGAAUUCAAAGGGAUAUUUCGCCACGCCGUUUGAAUAUGGUGCAGGACAUAUUUUGCCAUCAAAAGCAGCAGAUCCUGGAUUAGUCUAUAAUGCAACGUACAAUGACUAUCUUCUCUUCCUAUGCAGCAGAGGAAUCAACAUGGAUUCUUCUUUCAAGUGUCCCAAAAAGAAACCAUUGGCAAGUAACCUUAACUAUCCAUCAUUAUCAAUAGCCAACCUCCGAGGAUCCAUGACAGUUAAAAGAACAGUUACUAAUAAAUCGGAAGAACUGGAAGCAAAUUGUCUACUUUUGAAGCUUAAACUCGAUCGGCAGUUUAAGGAAACAAUUUCCCCACAUGCAAUACAAAGAGACUUGGAUCUGGAUCUGGAUCUGAGUAUAACAAAAGAGUUGGCAUCAAAUAUCAAGCAAGGCUGA